CAUUUCUACUGUGACACGUGCUCCGUCCCCAUCUGCCGAGAGUGCACGAUGGGGCGCCACGUCGGGCACAGCUUCAUCUACCUCCAGGAUGCCCUGCAAGACUCUCGCACCCUCACCAUCCAGCUGCUGGCCGACGCACAGCAGGGCCGUCAGGCCAUUCAGCUGAGCAUCGAACAAGCCCAGGCGGUGGCGGAGCAAGUGGAGAUGAAGGCGAAGGUGGUCCAGUCCGAAGUGAAGGCGGUCACGUCCAGGCACAAGAAGGCCCUGGAGGAGCGGGAAUGUGAGCUGCUGUGGAAGGUGGAGAAGAUCCGGCAGGUCAAGGCCAAGUCUCUGUACCUGCAGGUGGAGAAGCUUCGGCAGAACCUCAACAAGCUGGACAGCACCAUCAGCGCGGUGCAGCAGGUCCUGGAGGAGGGCCGCGCCAUGGACAUCCUGCUGGCCCGAGACCGCAUGCUGGCUCAGGUGCAGGAGCUCAAGAACGUGCGGAGCCUCCUGAAGCCGCAGGAGGACGACCGAGUCAUGUUCACGCCACCCGACCAGGCCCUCUACCUGGCCAUCAAGUCGCUGGGCUUCGUCAGCAGCGGGGCCUUCGCCCCCUUGACCAAGGCCACCGGGGAAGGCCUGAAGCGCGCCCUCCAGGGCAAGGUGGCCUCGUUCACCGUCAUCGGCUACGACCACGACGGGGAGCCGCGGCUUUCGGGGGGGGACCUGAUGUCCGCCGUGGUCAUGGGGCCAGACGGGAAUCUAUUCGGCGCAGACGUCAGCGACCAGCAGAACGGGACGUACCUGGUCAGCUACCGGCCGCAGCUGGAAGGCGAGCACCUUGUCUCUGUCAUGAUGUGCAACCAGCACAUCGAGAACAGCCCUUUCAAGGUGCUGGUCAAGUCCGGCCGCAGCUACGUGGGGAUCGGCCUGCCCGUCCUGGCCUUCGGCAGCGAGGGCGACAACGACGGGAAGCUGUGCCGUCCGUGGGGAGUCAGCGUGGACAAGGAGGGAUACAUCAUCGUGGCUGACCGCAGCAACAACCGCAUCCAGGUGUUCAAGCCCUGCGGCACCUUCUAUCACAAGUUCGGCACUCUGGGCUCGAGGCCCGGCCAGUUCGACCGGCCCGCGGGGGUGGCUUGUGACGCGUCCCGGAGGAUUGUGGUGGCCGACAAGGACAAUCAUCGCAUCCAGAUCUUCACCUUCGAUGGGCAGUUCCUCCUCAAGUUUGGCGAGAAAGGCACCAAGAACGGGCAGUUCAACUACCCUUGGGAUGUGGCGGUGAAUUCGGAAGGCAAGAUUCUGGUGUCUGAUACCCGGAACCACCGGGUCCAGCUGUUCGGGCCCGAUGGGGCCUUCCUCAACAAGUACGGCUUCGAAGGGGCCCUCUGGAAGCACUUUGAUUCCCCCCGGGGCGUGACCUUCAAUCAUGAGGGCCAUCUGGUGGUGACGGACUUCAACAACCACCGUCUGCUGGUCAUCCACCCAGACUGCCAGUCUGCACGCUUCCUGGGGUCGGAGGGCACCAGCAACGGGCAGUUCCUGCGUCCUCAGGGGGUUGCGGUGGACCAGGAAGGACGCAUCAUCGUGGCCGAUUCCAGGAAUCAUCGUGUGCAGAUAUUUGAAUCCAAUGGCAGCUUCAUAUGCAAAUUUGGUGCUCAGGGAAGUGGCUUUGGCCAAAUGGACCGUCCCUCUGGCAUUGCCGUCACUCCAGAUGGCAUGAUUGUCGUGGUCGAUUUUGGAAACAAUCGGAUCCUCAUCUUUUAA